UAUAUUUGUGUGUGUGUGUGUGUGUGUGUGUGUGUGUGUGUGCGGCAGUAACUUAAAAUGUUCAACAUACAGGAAUUCAACCACAAUUUGAUAGGCUAUGCUUUGGGAGAUUCGUUGACAACUGAUGAUGCAUCGCAACUGAAUGUCGCUGAAAGCGGUGCUGCGUCCGAUGAUAUGCUUUAUAUGGCAAAAGAAUUGAUCAAAAGAAUCAAAAACGACCCUAGGAUAGAUGUGGAGAAUCAUUGGAAGUUAAUAUCAAUAAUGAUCGGAGUUAACGACUUUUGCACCAAUAUAUGUUGGAAUUCUUCACCUUCGUCAAUUCUCGAUAAACACAAAGCAGAUUUAAUUCAAGUUUUGACGACAUUGAGAGAAAAUUUGCCACGAACUUUGAUAUCGUUGAUUCCGCCACAACAUAUGAAAACUUUAGUUGUCAGUCGUAAGGGUAGACCAUCUUUUACAUGUGACCUUAUGACGAAUAUCGAAUGUUCUUGUAUGUUUGGCCUUAAAUAUCAAAGUUUUAUACCAAAAUAUUAUAAUAUCAUGAGACGGUGGCAAGAGUUGGACAUGGAAAUCUCUAUUUAUCCUGAAUUCCAGAGGGACGAUUUUGCAGUCAUAACUCAGGCUAUUACAUUAGAUUUAAGCAUACCACUCGCUUCUGAUAAGUAUGCCGAUACGACAUAUUUCACCAUAGAUUGUUUUCACUACAGUCAGAAAACUAACGCUCGAAUUGCAAACGGUUUGUGGAAUAACUUAUUGGAACCAGUUGGCGUUAAAACGAAAUCCUGGCAAGAUCUUUUUGAGAGGUUUCUGUGUCCAACUUCGGAAAGGCCUUACUUGGCCACAUUGCAAAAUUCUUCGCCGAGGGAGAAAGAGGAAUAAAUCGUCGCAAAUCCGGUUUGGAAUUUUUUUGAAAGCAUCACAUCAGAUACAAUUGAGUGACAGUUUAGUGCUUGAAUGAGUGUUUAAUAACUUACAUAUUGUUUGUGUGAAAAAAUUUAAAAACUACCACAACUCAAGUAAACCAGUAUUUAUUAGCACUUCUACUGAAAUUAUAGUGGGAUUGAAUAGUGCGAUAGAUUUAAUUACAAUGGAAAGCUCUUCAAAAUUUUUAACAAGGAAUUGUACGGCAUCAAGUUGAUUCCUUGAUUGUAAAAUGCGGAAUUACAGAUCAUUGGUGAACAAGGUAUA